CCGGUAAAAGACUUCACAGACUCUUACAUCUCCCCCUCUCUCCUAAUUUCCUUUCCUUUCUUUUCUCCUUCUCUUUCAAUUCACUUAUCUUCUUUUACUUCUUUUCUCCUUUUUGAUUUAUGGACAAAGGAUGGGGUCUUACCCUUCGUGAUUCUGAUCAGUCAAUUGGAUUCUUCUCAAACAAACCAACACUGCCACCACCGCCAACCACUGUCAAUUCCUUUCAAAGAAUGUUUCAAGGUUUAGAAUUCCCCGGAAAACUUGGCCGGACUGACGACACCGACUCUACUCCGCCUCUCCCCGACGAAAAUCGGUUGGUCGUGAACGAGGUCGACUUUUUCUCCGCUAAGAAAAGACUGGUCGAUGAUCUGGAGGCCGAUCAAGACUCCAAACCUUCCACUACUGCCAUCAUUAAAGACGAUAAAGCUUUGACCGCUCCCAGAACUUCCUUCAAUCUCGUUAAUACUGGGUUGCAUCUGUUAACUGCUAACACCGGAAGCGAUCAAUCAACGGUGGAUGAUGGAAUUUCUUCAGAUGGUGAAGAUAAACGAGCCAAAAACGAGCUAGCGCAGCUGCAAGUGGAGCUUCACCGUAUGAACGCUGAGAAUCACAAGCUUAGAGACAUGCUAAGCCACGUGAGCAACAAUUAUAGUUCUUUACAAAUGCAUCUGUUGACAUUAAUGCAACAGCAACAACAAAAUCAGGCCUCCGAACCAGCUCAUGAACGAGAGAUUGGGGAGAAGAAAUCAACGGAAAUAAAACAUGAAGUUGGAAGGGUAAUGGUACCAAGACAAUUUAUGGAUCUAGGACCAAGUGGGAACACGAACAACAACAACAUAGGUGAAAGCGAUGAAUUAUUAUGUAAUUCCUCAUCCGAUGAAAGAACCCGUUCUGGGUCUCCAUUGAACAUCAACAACAAUAACACCGAAACCGCCCCCAGAAAAAGAGAUCACGCGGAAAUCAUGGCUCCUAAUUCCGAUCACGAAAAUUCCAAAAGAUCCAACCCUAGAGAAGAUAGCCCCGAAUCAGAAUCUCAAGGUUGGGGUCCGAACCAUAAGCCCUCCCGGUUCAACUCUUCUAAACCACUCGACCAAUCAACCGAAGCCACCAUGCGUAAAGCCCGUGUCUCCGUCCGUGCUCGAUCCGAAGCUCCCAUGAUUUCUGAUGGGUGUCAAUGGCGAAAAUAUGGCCAAAAAAUGGCUAAAGGAAACCCAUGUCCACGAGCCUAUUAUCGCUGCACAAUGGCUGUGGGUUGCCCAGUUCGCAAACAAGUGCAACGUUGUGCUGAAGAUAGGACUAUAUUGAUAACAACUUACGAAGGCAACCACAACCAUCCACUUCCGCCUGCGGCGAUGGCGAUGGCGUCAACCACGACGGCGGCGGCUACCAUGUUGUUAUCAGGGUCUAUGUCAAGUGCGGACCAUAAUUUAAUGAACCCAAAUUUAUUAGCUCGAGCCAUACUUCCAUGUUCUUCAAGCAUGGCUACAAUUUCAGCUUCGGCUCCAUUUCCAACCAUUACGUUAGACCUCACUCACACUCCAAACCCACUACAGUUUCAAAGACCCGCCACGGCGCCUUUCCACGUGCCUUUCCCCGGCGGACAACCACCAUCCGCCGCCGUUGCCGCCCAAUUGCCUCAAGUUUUGGGACAAGCGUUGUAUAACAAUCAAUCAAAAUUCUCGGGGCUACAGCUUUCUCAUGAGAUGGGAGCUAAUUCAUCUCAUUUGGGUCAUCCUCAAAUUACACAACCGGCGACUCCGGUUCAGCCUGGUGGUGCUUCUUUUGCCGAUACGUUGAGUGCCGCCACCGCCGCUAUCACAGCCGAUCCCAAUUUCACUGCCGCUCUCGCCGCCGCUAUCUCCUCCAUCAUCGGUGGAGCUCAUACGAAUAAUAAUAGCAACACCAAUACCACAAAUAAUACUACAACGACAAACAACAACAACGGAAGCAACAACAACAGCAAAAAUAGCAAUUUCCCUGGAAAUUAAAUUAUUAAUUAGACCCAUCAGAAUUACGUUGGUUAAUUUUUUUUUUGUUCGUCCUCGAUUCCUAGUGGGAGUCGGUUUUUGUUUUUUUGUUUUUUUUUCCUACUAUUUUUCGUCAUAUCCAUCAUGGGGACGGAUAACAUGUCCAUACUUUUUUUUGUUGUUAAUUUGGGGGGAAAAACAUAGAACACGGCUUCAUUAUUCUUUCCAAUUGUUUAAAUUUGAAUAAUAUUAAUAAUAUAUAUCAAUAUAUGUGAAA